GUCAAUGUAUAAAAUCAAAUGUAGCCCUGUUGUGUAACCCUGAAGACCGAUUAAAAUUUAAUAUUUGGGCGUUUUAUUCUAUUAACAAUGUCUUCAUUGUUGACAUAUAAAUAUUACGAUACCCCUGAGGGACAAGACAUUUUAAAGAAAACAAUAGUAACAUCUAAAAAUGCCUGUCUAGCAAGUAUUCCUAUUGCUACGUUUGACGUGCUCUUAUAUUCUCAUCCUCAGGGUUUCUUCAACACUGCUUUCCGUUAUGGAACCUACUUCGGUACAGCUAUAGGAAUGGCAUCAGCAUUUACCCUCACUGCCAAUAUUGCCCAGAACGUUCGAGGCAAGAAUGACGGACUGAACUACUUCAUGGGUGGCGCAGCCUCUGGCGUGGUUUUCUCAGCAUUACGCAAACUACCUCUGCUAUCUUUGCCAAUGAGCAUAUUUCUGGGAUGUGUAGCUGUAGUAAAGAAGGAGGCCAUCGAUGAAGGCUACACUUUCUUCCCUGAUGUAAAAAUGGGCACUAAAAAUGCUUGGUCAGCCAGAAACGAUUGGACUAUUGCCAAGGAUAUUGAAGAAUUGAAGACCUGGACAACUGGUACCAACUAGAUUUUGAGAGGAAGAAAAUUUAAAUGGAAGUAGUGUAAAUAAAAAUCAAUAUUAUUUAAGAGUAAUAAAUCGUAAUUGCUAGA